AUGGAAAUCACGCAUUUUACUACUAAUGAUAGUCAAACAAUUGGAGUCGUAGAAUUGGAUGAAUCUGGACUUGAAACAAUUGACAAUGAAGUACCAGAGAACAAGCCCAAACGCAGAAAACAUGCUACUUGUACAGAAUGGCAAAGAAAUAUAACGAAAGAAAAGAGAAUGCGGGGGAGAGAGUUAUUCAGGAUAUUCCAGAAAGGAAAAACGGGUUACGACAGCAUUACCAAGCCAAAGAAGGAUAGGUGUGAUGUUUGCUGCGGUUAUGAAACCAAAAACGUGACAGAAGAGGUUUACAAAAAACAUAUUGAGAAGAAAAAGGCUGCAAGACUAGAAAAAGAAGCUGAUAAAAAGUUGGCUAUUGAUGGAAAAAUUACGGUACUUACGGUAGAUUUGCAGAGCAUGAAGGUUUGUCCCAAAGUUCAAGCUAGUGCUGUCUAUUAUAAGACAAAGCUUUGUUGUUAUAAUUUUACAGUUUACAACUUAGCAACUCACGAAGUAACCUGUUAUUGGUGGCAUGAAUGUGAAGGCGAACUACAAGCAUCCAACUUCGCUUCUUGUCUAGUAGACUACAUACAAGAGAAGGUUCCUAAAACUAUUCCACUAGUUAUUUUUAGUGAUGGAUGUACAGCCCAGAAUCGAAACUCUAUCAUGGCUAAUGCUCUUCUUGACUUGGCUAUGAAAGAAAACAUAGUAAUCACACAAAAAAUUUUUGAAAAAGGGCCAUACCCAAAUGGAGUGUGA